ACAAAUAACCCUCUUAGCCUUCAAUUUCAUCCAAUUCCAAAUUAUGGCUGGCUCUUCAGUUUUCACGUCUUGCAUUUUUUUGAGUCUAGUGAUAGCACUAGCAAUUAGCGGUUUCAAUUUCAAAGGGUCAGAGGCAGCACGUGCCUUCUUUGUGUUUGGUGAUUCUCUCGUUGAUAAUGGCAACAACAACUAUUUAGCCACCACAGCUAGAGCAGACGCUCCACCUUAUGGCAUUGAUUAUCCAACUCGCAGACCCACUGGCCGUUUCUCUAAUGGACUCAACAUUCCUGAUUUUAUCAGUCAAGAACUUGGGUCAGAGUCCACGUUGCCAUAUUUAAGUCCUGAGCUCAACGGGGAAAGAUUGUUCGUUGGUGCCAACUUUGCUUCUGCUGGCAUUGGAGUCCUCAAUGACACUGGAGUCCAAUUUGUAAACAUCAUCAGAAUCUCAAGACAACUAGAAUACUUCCAAGAAUACCAACAAAGGGUGAGUUCCCUCAUCGGAGAUGAUAAAACAAAGGAAUUAGUAAAUGGAGCACUAGUCCUCAUCACCUGUGGAGGUAAUGAUUUUGUGAAUAACUACUACUUGGUGCCUAACUCUGCUAGAUCCCGUCAAUUCGCUUUGCCAGAUUAUGUCACGUUUGUGAUCUCUGAAUACAAGAAGGUUCUACGGAGGCUAUAUGAUCUUGGAGCACGAAGGGUGGUGGUGACAGGAACUGGUCCACUAGGUUGUGUUCCAGCCGAAUUAGCCCUGCGAGGAAGAAAUGGUGAAUGCUCAGAGGAGCUGCAGCAAGCUGCUUCCUUGUACAACCCACAACUUGUUGAGAUGAUCAAACAACUCAAUAAGGAAGUUGGUUCAGAUGUCUUCGUUGCAGCCAACACACAACUCAUGCACAAUGAUUUCGUCACUAAUCCUCAAACAUAUGGAUUUAUUACGUCAAAAGUAGCAUGUUGUGGUCAAGGACCCUUUAAUGGUAUUGGACUGUGCACGGUGGCGUCCAACUUAUGUCCAUACCGUGACGAAUUUGCGUUUUGGGAUGCAUUCCAUCCAUCGGAAAAGGCUAGCAAAUUGAUCGUUCAGCAGAUUAUGUCAGGAACUUCAAAGUACAUGCACCCAAUGAAUCUCAGCACCAUUUUGGCCUUGGAUUCCAAGAAAUACUAAUCAUGCAUACAUCUUCCAUACAUUACAGACUACAGAAUAAAACUGCAGAAUAUACAUGUUGUUCCGGUCCAUCGAAUAAUGACAGUACCUUCCUCUCUAUAGAAGUAAGUUCUUUUGUGUGAUUUUGAGGAAUGAGAAUGUAUUUAGGAGAGGGUCAAUAGAUAUUAUUAACUUUCUAUCUUAGAUCUUAUUAAGGUCUAGUUAUGGUUUUAGUUUUGAGAAAAAAAUUACAGCGUUCUUACUAUUAAGAUUGGUGUAUUGACCCUUUCUGUUGUAUCUGUGAGUGUUGACACUCUUUGUAUCUUGUUAAUGGCUUAGAGUACUCCUUGUACUCUCCAAUCUAUUGAAAUUUUGCUUAUUAAAAAA